GACCGGAAGUGACGCGAACGAGUUCCGGUUGGUCGGAGCCCAGCGGCGGGUGUGAGAGUCGGUCAGGAGCUUCUUCCAGGAUCCUGAGAUCCGGGGAAGCCCGUGUCAGAGCGUUUUAGAGAAAUCUACAGCUAUUUUGGAGUAGUCUGUGACUGAAUGUACUAAAUAAUCCAGUUAAGGACACACACUUUGUUAAAGCAAGAAAGGUUACUGAAGACUUAUAGAGUUGAUUUCAACAACUGAAUUCUUACAAACAAAAUCGAUGUUACAAUACUUUCAUUGCAAACUCCUCAAGAGUUUUUGAUCUAUGAAAUGGCAGAGAAUGGAAAAAAUUGUGACCAGAGACGUGUAGCAAUGAACAAGGAACAAUAUAAUGGAAAUUUCACAGACCCCUCUUCAAUGAAUGAAAAGAAGAGGAGGGAUCGGGAAGAAAGGCAGAAUAUUGUCCUGUGGAGACAGCCACUCAUUACCUUGCAGUAUUUUUCUCUGGAAAUCCUAGUAAUCUUGAAGGAAUGGACCUCAAAAUUAUGGCAUCGGCAAAACCUUGUGGUGUCUUCUUUACUGCUGCUUGCUAUGCUUAUAGCUACGUAUUAUGUUGAAGGAGCACAUCAACAGUAUGUGCAGCGUAUAGAGAAACAGUUUCUUUUGUAUGCCUACUGGAUAGGCUUAGGAAUUUUGUCUUCUGUUGGGCUUGGAACAGGGCUGCACACCUUUCUGCUUUAUCUGGGUCCACACAUAGCUUCAGUUACGUUGGCUGCUUAUGAAUGCAAUUCAGUUAAUUUCCCUGAACCACCCUAUCCUGAUCAGAUUAUUUGUCCAGAUGAAGAGGGUAUUGAAGGAUCCAUUUCUCUGUGGAGCAUCAUCUCAAAAGUUAGGAUUGAGGCCUGCAUGUGGGGUGUGGGUACAGCAAUUGGAGAGCUGCCUCCAUAUUUCAUGGCCAGAGCAGCUCGACUCUCAGGUGCUGAACCAGAUGAUGAAGAGUAUCAGGAAUUUGAAGAUAUGCUGGAACAUGCAGAGACUGCACAAGACUUUGCCUCCCGGGCUAAACUGGCCAUUCAAAACCUAGUACAGAAGGUCGGAUUUUUUGGAAUUUUGGCUUGCGCUUCGAUUCCAAAUCCACUAUUUGAUCUGGCUGGAAUAACAUGUGGACACUUUCUUGUACCUUUUUGGACUUUCUUUGGUGCAACCCUGAUUGGAAAAGCAAUAAUUAAAAUGCAUAUUCAGAAAAUCUUUGUUAUAAUAACAUUCAGCAAACACAUAGUGGAGCAGAUGGUGGCUUUCAUUGGUGCUGUCCCCGGCAUAGGUCCAUCUCUGCAGAAGCCAUUCCAGGAAUACCUGGAAGCCCAGCGGCAGAAGCUUCACCACAAAAGCGAAACGGGCACACCGCAGGGAGAAAACUGGUUGUCCUGGGUGUUUGAGAAGUUGGUCGUUGUAAUGGUGUGUUACUUCAUCCUGUCCAUCAUUAACUCCAUGGCACAAAGUUAUGCCAAAAGAAUCCAGCAGCGGUUGAACUCAGAGGAGAAAACUAAAUAAGCAGGAAAUGUUUUUAACAGAAGAAAUUAUAAUAGAUGGGUUCUGCCUUAAUUGGGAGGACUCGAAACCAGGAAGGAAAAUUCCCUUUUCCAUCCUGUAUCACUUUAAUUUUUUUUUCCCCUGAAAGCAGAUUAGUCCAUAUUUUGCACUGACAUUCGUUUCCUUUGUGUGUUAAGGUAAGGUAUCCACCCUCAAUUUAAUUCAAGUUGUGUUUUAUUAGGGUGGAAUGUGAUGUUCAGCAGCAAACUUAAGAGUAACUGGCCUUCUGUUUUACUUUCAAAAGGCCCACGUGGUACAAUUAAAGAAUUCCGGACACCAUAAAAAAAAGUUCCUAAAUAUGUUAAAUAUGUCAAGCUUUUUAGGCUUGUCAAAAAUGACUGCUUUGUUUUUGAGUCAUCAAAAUGUAUAUAAAUUAUACUAGAUUGGAUAGCCUUGCAUGUCUAUCAUGAUAAAAUUUAAGAUGCCAUCGUGCCCAACCCUUCCUUUCCCACCUACAAAAAAAGGCCAUUUUAUGAUGCAUUGCACACCCUCUUGGGAAAUUGAUCUUUAAAUUUUGAGACAGUAUAAGGAAAAACUGGUUGGUGUCUCACAAAUGAACUGACACCAUUUUUUAUUCUGUAUAUUUAGAAUGAAGUCAUAAAAAACUUUAUAAAGACCUCUUUGAUCAUUCCAAAAUUGUGUUUGUUUUCUUGAGCGUUUUGAUUUUUCACUUCCUUUUAGCUUCUACUAACUGAUUGGCAGGCAUCCUUGCCAAAUCCAUAAUUUCUUAAGCCUUCAUUUCUUUGCAUGAAAAGAGCCACCACCAGGACAUGUUGUGUUAGGCUGGAAUUGGACAGCUAGCUACACACUGCUGAAAUGACACCUUAGGGAUUGCUGUAGUGAGGUGAAAACAGUUGGUUUGUGAAAACAGUUGGUAGUAUAUAAAUCAAAGAACACUGGAGAGAGAAAUAACUCAUUUAAAAAGAAAACACAACUUCAUAUGUUAAUUUUAGCUCAGCAUGUACUCGUUUUUAACAAAUUUCUUUUUUAAAAUAACCUAAUUUUCUUGCCUUUUUCAGUAAGUAUUUUGUUAUGUGAUUUUUCUUUUGGGAUAUUUCUGGUUUAACUUGGUCAUUUUGUUUUUGCUUGGGAGGAAAAUAAACAAUUUCACUUUUUUCCCUUAGGAAAAUUGGUACUGACAUUAUGUUAAGAAUAGAAUGGGGUUUAAAUCUCAGCAGGCCAGAAAUGCCUGAUUUAUCAAAUCCUGCCUGAAUGUCUGCUUGUUUUGCCUACCGUCGUGACAUCUCCAUGGCUGUACCACCUUGUCGGGUAGCUUAUCAGACUGAUGUUGACUGUUGAAUCUCAUGGCAACAGCAGUCGAUGGGCUGUCUGACAUUUUGGUAUCUUUCAUCUGACCAUCCAUAUCAAAUGUUCCCAUUCAAACAUUACCCUCAGUCAUGGUUUAUGAUCAGAAACUUUGGUCCUUAUGUCUAGUGGCACUUUGAAUCUCUUAUGCCAUGGUAUUGCAGCAAUAUCAAGAUGAUUUUAUGGAAAAUUGGGAUAGUCUGCAUCACCACAGCUAAAUAAAUAAAGUGUAAGCAACCUGCCUUGCGGGUUUUGAAAAGGUUUUUUCUCCCUCACCCAGGGACUUUCUAGCAGUAUGACUGUUAUCUUACUUGAAAAACAGUACCCAAAUGCUUUGUUUUAGAUAGCUUCAAUUAACAACAUAAUUUUUUAGAUUCUUUAGGAUUAGUGUAAAUUUCUAAUCUUCCAGUUGUGUUUCAUCUUCACCUGCAUUUUAUUUGGUGUUUGUCUAAAGAAAGAGGAAAGCAAAUAUGAAUUGUACUAUUUGUACUAAAUCUUUGGGAUUUAUUGGUAAAUUUAUUUCAGGGUAAGGUGUUAGAAAAAGAAAAAACGAUGUGUCUUAGGCUGAAGCUCUAAGUGAUUAACUUAAUGAUUGGUUUGUUUGCUCUUUCAAAUGAAUUUGCUUUGAAAACAAAUGAAGAGCAGCUCUCUUCCUUUUUCUCCUCCUUUCCUCCACUAAGUGUGGCAUGCUCAGGUGAUCCUGUUGGAUUCCAGCUGGAGUAGUAUGCUUCUCUUGUGUUCCCGUGGUUGAUUUGUUCCUUUCUUGUGUCCAUCAAAAGUGGACGCAAACAACUACAUGAUCCCAAAGAUAUCCCUAGUUAAUUCCAGCUGAUAGGAGACCAAAAACUUUGUAAAUGGAUACCUUGAUAUUACUGCAAAUAAAAAAAGGACCUGGGAAUUCUGAUUCCAUCUCUA